CGUAAAUUUAAAUGACGUCAUCAUUACAGAUGGGGAAAAUCUUUGUUUUGGUUGCAGUUUAACGAUGUGACAGGGAAAUAUAUCUCCCCAUAAAGUCCCAAUUGAAUCGGGAGUGGGCGAGAUCCCAGAGAUUCAUGAUGACUGACACAGACAAGUGGGAGUGCCAGCACUGCACCUAUCAGAACUACCAAGUGUCAGCGAAAUGCACAUUAUGCAAUAAACGUCGGCAGGACACCAGGAUCUCAGACUUUGAAAAUGAAGAGCAAGACAUCUAUAAGAUGGCAGCAUCCAUGGGACAUAAUAAAGAAAGUAGCUUGGUCUCCCAAACCUCUUCCCAAAUUUGUUCUACCAGCACCGAUCCUGUGAUUGGUACAAAAUGGGCAUGUUCAGCUUGUACAUAUCUUAAUUGGCCAAAAGCUAGCAAAUGCACUCAGUGUCAUAGGGUAAGGAAAAGUGUAUCGCCUGGCUGUCAGUCACCAGUAGAAAGGAGCAGGACCAGAAAGGAACCAUCAGAAGCUCAAUCAGGGGAGGGUUGCAGGUCUGGUGGAAGGACUACUCCAGCCCGGGAAGUAAUACCUGGUUCCCCAAAGGCAGCAAAAUGUACCUCCAACAAUGAUAUUAAUAAAACUCAUGCAAAAUAUGCAAAAAUUAAAUGGACCUGUAAAGCGUGCACGUAUGAAAACUGGCCAAAGACCCAGAAAUGUGUUAUGUGUGGGACAAGUAGAGGGCGUUUUUCUCCGGAGAUAAUUACUUCACCGCCUUCUCUAUCUCCCACUGAAAUCACUGCAAAACAGAUGGGGUCUACCUCUCCUGUAUUAGCUUGUGGAGGUGGGUCCCCUCAAAGUGACAAUCAGUCUGUAGAAGUACAAGACCCAUCAACCUCUGGUGCUAUCACGUCCGAGGAUAACAAAGCCACGGAAAAAAGACUUAAACAAAUUCGUAAAUGUAUGAGGGAAAAGGACUGGUUGUGGCUCAAUGCUUGUGUGGGUGUGGUGGUUGGAGAUCUUGGUGCCAUUGAGUCAUUUCUCGCAUCAGGUGGUGAUCCUUCCCGGCAGCUAACACAGGAUGAGGUUGCAUUAUUAAACCGACCUAGUGCUUUUGAAGUCGGGUACACGAUUGUUCAUCUUGCCAUUAGAUUCAAGAGAGAUGACAUGCUUGCUGUGCUCUUGACAAGUACAGAAUCCAAUGCCAAUGGUCUUAAGCGCCUACCCUCUCAUGUUUCCCCUGAUGUUGCUGCAGAAAUCCGCAGAGAAAUUUCUUCUAUUCUCAGGCAACGUAAAGGAGGAAAAGGGGAGUUUCCCUGUCAGUUCUUUUCAGAUUGUGUUACCUUUGCCUUGCCCUCAGGUGUAAUGGAUCUGCCUCAGUCCAUACAGUCACAGGUGUUCAGUGAAAUCCUAGAUGAAGAUGUACAGAAAGAAUUAGAGGAAGACUUGGUCAUUAAUUGGAGUCUGGAGCUGACAGUGAGACUAGGGAGUCGGCUGUAUGCUCUGUGGAACAGGACAGCUGGGGACUGUCUUCUGGACUCAGUACUACAGGCAACAUGGGGCGUGUUCGACUCAGACAACACACUUAGACAAGCCCUCUCUGAGAGCAUUAGUGAUGGUGCUAUGAUGUUCUACCCAAGAUGGAAGGAGUAUGAAUCCAUGCACGCAGAAAGUUUGCAAUUUUCCUUAGAUGAAGCUCAGUGGCAGAAUGACUGGGCCGAACUCCUUAACUUAGCAAGUCAACCUGGUGCUUCUUUAGAGCAGACUCACAUAUUUGCAUUAGCUCACAUUCUCCGUAGACCUAUCAUUGUGUAUGGAGUGAAGUAUGUCAAAAGUUUCCGUGGAGAAUCGUUAGGAUUAGCCAGAUUUCAAGGUGUUUAUUUGCCUUUACUUUGGGAGAAAGGAUUUUGCUGGAAGACACCAAUAGCAUUAGGCUAUACAAGGGGCCAUUUCUCUGCCCUUGUAACCAUGGAAAUGGACACAGAUGGCAUUCUAGGGGCCGGGGCUCAUAUUGAACCCAAUGACGAUGAUGAAGUAGCAUACUUGCCAUUAGUUGAUUACGAAGGGAAACUCCUGCCAGUGCCUUUCCUAAUGGGCUCAGAGGUUGGUCGUGAAGAAAGCAUUCUCCAUGAAUGGCUAGAUUGUGUGGUUACCAAGGGAGGGUGUCUGGUGGCGCUGCAGAAAACCGGAAAGCGGCCAUUAAUGAUCAAACAAAUGGUCGAUGAAUGGCUGGAACAUUACCGACAACUUCCGCAGGUCACCAUGGCAACUAACAAACAGACAACCCUGGCAGCCCAAACAUUCUCCAGUGAUGGAGAGAGUGAUCAGGAAUGACUGUUUUAGAGUUGUAAUUAUGAAUGUUAAAUAUGGAGAGUUUAAUAAACUCACUCAGAGUUUUCAGGGUUUAGUCAAAUAAGUUCUCUUUGCUCUGAGUCUGGUUGUGCAUUUAGGGUAUAUUAUUCAAAUUUAAGUAUCUACAUGUAUUUGCCUGCUUGAAUUGCUGAAUUACCUUUUUUUUAAAUUCAAUGCCACUUUACCAAAUUCUUUUAGUUUGGUGUAUUUUUUUCUUCCAUUUUUUUAAACAAAAUUUUAGGGAUUUCUUCUUUAACAAAGUUUUUCAUUAUUACAUUUAAUUCUGUAAAUGUAUUAUAUUAAGCACAUAUGAUGUUUGAUGGAUAUUGAUUUUCCA